AUGACUAUCAACCAGCCCUCCAACCAAAUCAAACUCACCAACGUCUCCCUCGUGCGUCUCAAGAAAGCCAAAAAGCGCUUCGAAAUAGCCUGCUACAAGAACAAGGUCCUCGAAUAUCGCUCGGGCAUUGAGACAGACCUAGACAAUGUCCUGCAAAUAAACUCCGUCUUCCUCAACGUCUCCAAAGGCCAGACCGCCCCCUCAGCCGACCUAGCGAAGGCGUUUGGGCCAAAGACCCCGGUGAAUGAUAUUAUCCUCGAGAUUCUGAACAAGGGCGAGUUGCAGGUGGGUGAGAAGGAGAGACACGCGCAGCUGGAGAGGGUGCAUAACGAGGUUGUGGGAAUCGUGGCGAGCAAGUUAGUUGAUCCGAAGACCAAGAGGGUGUAUACAACGGGCAUGAUUGAGAAGGCGCUUGAAAUGUUGAGUUCGCAGGGCUCGCAGGCUACGGGAACUGCAGCACCUGGGACGCCGGCUGUGGGGGAGGAGGGAGAGGCUAAGCCGAAAGUCAAGGAGCAUGUUUGGACUGGUGUCGUUGCUUCUAAGAGUGCAAAGAGUCAGGCUCUGGAAGCUAUGAAGGCUUUGAUUGCACAGCAACCUAUUCCUGUGGCGCGCGCCAGGAUGAGAUUGAGGAUCACUUGCCCAACGGGUAUUUUGAAGCAAGCUACGAAGCACGCUGGUCCCAAGGAAGCUGGCCAGGAAGAUGGGGAGGAGAAGACCAAAGGGACUGUUAAGGAUAGGAUUUUGAGUUACAUUGAGCAAGUAGAGACUCAAGAUGUCAUGGGUUCUGAAUGGGAGGUGACUGGAUUCGUUGAACCUGGGGCUUUCAAAGGUUUGGGAGAUUUCGUUGGAGGUGAGACUAAAGGUCAGGGACGAGUAGAGGUAUUAGAUAUGGCUGUCACCCAUGAGGAUUAG